AUGGAUGAUUCCUUUGGUUUGUUUACUACCAACUCUAUUCGAAGCGAAAACUCCACCGAGUCCGAGAGUUCUCCUACUCAUUAUCGUACUGUCCUAGAAUUUAUGGUCAAACUUAUCUUCUACCCACCGCUCAAGCACGGUCAGGCUAGAGAUCGUAUUUGGACGCGUGUUUAUCCAGACGGAUCUGUUUCUAUUCAUGAAUACAAAUUACAUAACCAGAUCGGGAAGGGGUCCUACGCCGAUGUUUAUACUGCUGAAAACACAGUACUACGUAAGACAUUUGUCCUAAGAAUGGUUGACAGAAUACGAUUAGCGAAAACUUUGGGCACACAGGAAGCAGCGGAUAAAUUUUUAUGGUCUGCGGCAUCUCUCAUGGACAGGUUACAACACCCCAACGUGGUUCGGCUUUAUGAGGUCUUUUUCAAUCUUCUUGUAGUACCUACUCCAUAUUUAAAACAAGAAGACGUUAAUACCUCGGCUCCUACUCGAAUGCUCAAUGCUGGCGUUAUUUACAGCAAUUUUGGCGGGCUUUUUUCGUCUUCUCAAAACCUGACUGUCGAUUCUCUCCACCUCCAUGUUUCCACAUCCUUUUCCAGACCAAACAAAACUAUCACCUACAAUAUGGUAAAGGGGAUACUUAGCCCAACACAUCUAGGCCAGAUAUUUGACGUGAACGGAACCUCAGCCAUCAGGCCUCCAGAUGAUAUCGAUUCCUAUAAUAACAAGUUUAUAUAUGUGAUUGAGCGGUGUCACAUGAAAGACCUUAGCUCCAAUCUUAAAACUCUAAGUCUGAGGGAUAUUGUACUAAUAUUCUAUCAGAUUGCAUACGGCUUAGAAUAUCUACAUAGCUUAUUAAUUGUCCACCAUGAUAUAAAGUUAGAAAAUGUGUUGAUUGAUUACAAUGAUAACUCGCCAUCUCACUCAGUUACAUCAGAGAAGCCAUAUAAGUCUUCGUUAAUGUACGGCAUAGACCUCUCCAACCUUUACAAUCUGUGUUCUUCACUAGAUACAAACAAUUCGGAUCCCGAUAGCAUCAAAUGCCUUCGCACUUGGAUACAGCCUUUCAAACCAGCAACUCCUGAAUUCGAGUCUCCGUGCCCCUGUACUCAACAACCCAACGCAGCUAAAACCACCACUCAAUAUGAGCACGAUCCUUUUUCAUCUACUAAGCGCAGUUUGGCAGCUAAGAGCAAACCAAAGGUUUGCAGGUCUACCAACGCUGAUUUCAGCGCUAGUUCCUGCAACAAACACUUGAUACCCCCAAUUUCCUUGGGAGCAUAUGAUUCUGUGGAGACUAUUCUGGAUACUUCAGUGACCUCGCUAGAGUUUGCUAAGAUAGCCCCUUUUUACAUUUAUUAUUCACUUAUUUUCAGCAGCCAGUUUGAUUCCACGAAUAGAGUAGCCUUUGAGCACGCUAUUAAGCGCUCAAAUAUAAACACGUACUUUCUUGUCGCCAAGUUAAGCGAUUUUGACACAGCAAAAGAUCUAUCUGUUCACGGUAAGGUGCUCCCAUCAUUGCAAGACUUGCUAGGAAAAAUAGUGCAUGAGCUAAUAAAAGUCCUUAUCGAUGUAUUCACCGAUAAUUGGUCAUCCCUCCUUACUAACUUUGAUUUUCUGGAUGCAUUUCUAGAAGACUUCUUCUUUAGCACUAUACGCUAUGAACCGGAUUCACAUCAACCAAACAUUUUACACACUGACUAUUACGUUUCGUGUGAAAAUUUAGACAAGUUGCGUCCCAAAACAAAGAUCUUUGGUGGUACCAAUGAGCUGAAAUCGUUUCUAACCAAUAGUUCAAAAUGUGGUCACUUGCAGGAAACGUUCACACUGUCUACAAGCUCUUCGUCUGAAUUGUCGUUUGCAAAGUCUACUUUCUGUACAGAUACCACUGAGAGAUUUUUUGUACCGGAUCAGACUACCUCAGAUCUCAUUUUACCGGCAUCAAUGACUCCCAAUGACAUAGAAAUAUGCUCUAGUCCCGUAAGCUCGACUACACAGUUUAUAACUACACUCACAGAUGAAAAUCAGCCUCUGGUUUGUAGUGAUAACGAAAGUAGCUCUGACUCUCAGCUCCUUGAUAAUAUGGGACAGUGCCACUCUCAUGGUGCCGAUGGAGCUAAUCUUCUUGAUACAAGGAAUCAAGAAACUAGUUGCUCUACUCUCGAAAAGAAUGGACCCGUGCUACUCAGCGACAUUCAGACUAAUACUUCAACUUACUCCUCACCCUCACACAUCCUUCAUUGUGCACUAAAUCUUACAUCUAAAGCCUUAACUUUUAACAACCUUCAACGACACGACGCUAGCUCCAAAUCCUUCGCACGCCGAUUACCACGUGUACACAAGGCAAGCAACUUUUCUUUCAGUCAGGUGGUGCUUUCACGGAAAUCCUCAUCUACAAGGCGGCUCUAUCUCCAUCAUGUUAUCAGGUACCUCAACAAGCUUUUGAUCUCAGACAUGCAACCACAAGUCUUUCAAGAUUUUUAUUUUUUGCUUGAGUUACUCAAUACGUACUUCACAUCCAGCAUUUUCGAAGAUAAAUUGGCUGAGCGACUCACAGUCCUUUUUAGUUCCUCCGAGUUCAUAUGUCAUCAUCCGCUAAGCAGACAUGUCUUUCCAGCAUAUCUAAGUAGCAUAGCUGGAACGCGACAGUGCAUGCCACCUGAAAGCCUUCGUGUCUGGAACACACCAUCUGCUGCAACCCCCAAUCUUUAUAUGGGAAUGCCAUCUGAUGUCUGGCAGUUUGGCGUCGCCCUCUACUCUGUCCUUAUCGGGAAGCACCGGGAGCUGCCUCUUCAACGCUCUUCUGAAGAAGCCAUGCAAAUAUCUACACACCUCUCCCUCCUUCUUGCGGACCUUCUUUGCGGGCUCUUGGCUCCUUCACCAAUGCAGAGAUAUACCAUGGUUGAAGUUGUCAAUCAUCCAUUCUUUGAUGCCAAUAACUUCCCGCUUUCUGCAUCUCCUGAUCAAUUGUUCACUAUUAACUUUUCCUCGAAAUACACCUCAUCUGCCAAUUCUUCUGAACAUAUAGACGGCAAGCCUGACAUGCACCAAUGCACAGAAUCACUUCAUCAUAGUCCCGCUGGAGCCAGUGAUCCUGGUCUUAGAUCCACUCUGUUUGCAGGUGUGCUUUAUCCAGACUCGCUGUCCUUUGCAUCGCACAUGUGUUCUUCCAAGGCUAGUGUCUCUAACACCCUAUUAGACAGAAUUCAGGCACACAUAGACUCUAAAGAAAUCCGAAAGAGCAUUGAUCUUGCUCUCCGUUUUCUUAUCAAAAAUAGCACACAUGGAGAGGAGCUACUAAAAAUGAGUCUUCGACUGCGUAAGUAUCACUUCUGGGUAACUGUUCGACGUAGAGACAAACUUGUACGGGAAAACAGACACAUCUUUAGACGAUCGUCUAUUAGUAAUGAUGAAAUUUAUAGUUUGCUUAUUCAAACGCCCCAUAAUAGCAAGCAGUUGCUUCUUGCCGCUUUGCAGUCAUCCAAAACUGAAAACUCUAAUGCCUUUUCCAAGCCUACCAAACCAGACGAGGCUAUCACGCCGCACAAAUCUCAAAGCGGUAUUUUACAUGCUGGGCGAUUCAGGGCUUCAUCGGAGGAGAGCACCAGCUCAGCUCAAGAUAGCAGUGGCUCAGUUGGCUCCAGAAUAAAGAAGGUGCCAAUGCUGAAGCUCUAUGAGACUGCUUGCUCAAGCACGUCGAACCUACCUAUCUAUAAAGCAAGGCCAAGGACCUUCUUAAAUGAUGAUAGUAGGCAUACUGAUUGGAGUACUGGCAAACUAUCUGGUGGCCAAUUUGACUUAAUGAAUGUUGCAGCUGGCGACAAUGUUCUUGACCAACUACAUGACGAUAUCUACCUUAUGCUAAACACAAUUCCUUGGAAGUCAUCUUUUGUUAGAGUGAUGCCUUAUAUCUCUAAUUAUGAUCACAGCAUGGUUAAAUCUACAAAACGAAAGUCUUCAUUUCAUUCUGUUUUCAAUGCUACUGGUACCAAUUUCACAGAGAUAAAUCCCUUCGUUGAUAUUGAGGUAAAUAUCAAGGAGCUUUCGAUAGGAACACACGUUGCGUUUUCUAAGUUAUUUAAUCUUUUUUCGUUGGGGCUGCUCAAUGAUAUGACAACUUUGCAGGACUCUGAAGCCACCACAGUGAGCACACGAAGUCUGGAAUACAUCUUCAGUAACAGUCUCCUUAAGAGCGCUGGGAACAUCUGGGGACUUAUCAAAGCGCUCAAGAGUAUUCAGGUGGGCGUUUUGCUUGAAUGCCUCGUUUCUACCGUUCCGUAUUUUGAGAAGCUCACAAUAAGCCGACUCACCUGGAUUAAGCAUCUGUACUCUACGAUAAAAACACAGCGCAACUCUAGUUGUCUUUCUUUUCAGCGUCCUACUGUGAACAUUUCACACACCACACUUCAGUAUCCUGUUAAUACUACUCCGUUACCAGCUAACGACCCCCAGAUAACCCAGAUAAGCCUGUCUAAUGUAUUAGGACGCGAAUCUUUAUAUAAGAGUGCUUCGAUUAAGCUUACCACUUCUGGAAUGAAUAAAGUGUUUGCCAGUCAGUAUAUCCACGAAGAGUCCGCUGCAUCUUCAUCUACUUAUACUACUGAGAUACAACCCUACUCUACAGAGCCUACAUCACCUAUUAGGAAGAGCAACAACCUUUCACCUCCACACGAUGAAUCGAUGGAGUUCUCUUGCGCGUUGCUUAGCAGCCCUAGCAGCGUUCCCUCUUUCAUUGAAAAUGAUUCUGAGACAAUGCGAUGCUACUAUUCUGUUAACACCGACUCUUGCAUUACCCUAGAGUCAAUUUCAUCUGCAUUAAAUGGCUUAGCAACAAUUGCUGAAGAAGAGCGCCAACUAAGUAACAAGGAUGCAUUGCUCACCAAUAACUUGUCAUUGAUAGGUUCAUCAAGUUAUUCACAGUCGCUAUCUGCUAGGCUUCCUAUAACUCCCGUUGAUCUGACUAUUUCUAAAGCUGAUCUUCAUACCAGCACGGGAAUUUUUCCUUUCGAUGACCUUUGUUGCUUAUCUAGAAGUAAGACUGCAUCAGAGUGUCAAUUGGAGUUUCCUCCUCGAUCUGUUUCAGUUAAUACUCUCUCUAAGGCGCCGCCUUCUUUCACUGCUGAUCUUCGGGCUGACUUUAAAGAACGCCUUCAAGAGCGCUUAGGUGAAAGCAUUACUAGUGGGUAUAGUGUCUCAGAAUGCGUUAAUGAUGCUCUAACACCAGCAGACCAACGGGAGUCUCCUUGUCCCAGGAUGGUUCGUUAUUCAUCUGCAAUGAUGAGUGGAGCCAAAAUUCCAGAGUAUCCGAAAAUUACUAGUGUAUUACCUGCUCAAUUACGACAAAACUCUAGUGAGGUGCUAACUAAUGACCAGAUAAUGCUUCUCCACACAGCUACCAGCGAAUCAAAAGGAAUAGCCGCGCUCCACAGUCAAUUACGCAAUAUCUGGGCUGGACAAGCAAACAAAGUAGGGCAUGGAACAGGCUCUUCAUCUGGUCAAUUAAGUGCCAAGGGCAGUAUUAACUAUCCUUCUCAGAAGACUAGCUCUCAGAUUUUGCGGAUGGACUCACAGGAAAAGAGUGAUUCGGCAAAGAUAGUAUCCAGUGUGCAAGGACACAAGCUCCCUCUACGGAAGCACGGCUCUACUACUGCCUUAGCAGGGAUCUUUUCUGAUAUGAGCAUGCAGUGCAAGGCGAUUGAAAGAAUGUCUCGUUUUGUUAGCAUGGAAAGCUCUUCCUAUUCUGAUAGCACGGAUUGCGAGACGCUUCUCUCCACUGCUUUGCCAGGGAAAGAGAAGACGUCAGAAAGCUGUCGUGAUCACGACUUGCCAGAGUCCAAUGCGCUACACUUGGAGCCGGCCAAUUCUGAACUAUUAUUGGAUGGCAACCCCAGUAAUAGAAAUAAUCUACCAGAUCUGAAAAAUGCGGUCAAGUUUCAAAAGACAAUUUUAAAUACUCCCAGGACUGCUAAUAGCUCAUUUACAUCCAGAAAUAGUAGCGCAAAUUCGCUCCAUUUUUAUGAAAAAGCCAAUGCCCACUUAUCACGCUCCUCUGCGUGCAUUGCUACAGCUCACAACCAACCGUAUCUAGGGGAAUGUUCAUCCAUAGCUUCAGCCUCUGACAAUAAUAUUCCGUCCUGUGUGCUAGAUAUAUUCGAUUCAGCUGUUCCUCAUGAGGAUGACGUCAACAACGUCUCUAUAGCCGCGAAUGUCACCCGAUUUCUCGGCUUGGACGUAAACAAUCUGGAUAACGUAGAGAUAGAGUACAGCACAAGCACAACGAAAUAG